AUGACAGGAGCCACCUUAGUGGACACACAACCAUCGAACAAUAUCGAAACUAUCCCUAUAGUUCAACCGAAUCCACCAGUUAUGGUGGAAAAGAAAUUGAAUGUACUCAAUGGCCAACGUGCAUCUAGAUCAACCUUUAAUUCCGAAAAGAAAGUUUCAAAGAGUCAAAAUAUCAAUAAAACGAUUAGCUCACAAAGCCAAACGCAUAUAUUCGAUGUGAAGUAUAGGGUUCCAAAAUCACAAUUUACUUUCCAAUUGAACCCUUCUCAUGGUUCAUCAACACACAAAAGGAACUCAGUAGGUGAAGACAAAUCAAGAAUUGACGAAAUGAACUUAUCUAUGUCACAAUUGGAUUUGCAUGAUUCACAAGAUGAUCCGAAUAGAAAGAAACAAUCCGAAGGAGGCAGAAUUGAACUUAAAAUGCCUCACGUUAUGAAUCCGACGCAAGAAGUUGAGAAGAAGUUUUAUGAUAGAUAUAUUCACCUUCACUCCCUAGGCGAAAACGGUCGACUGCAUGAAGAACAAAAUGAAUAUUCGAAAUUUGAUUCUCGACAAUUUCCACAGUUGAAAUUGCUUUGGUCAUUAGUGGAUUUUGCAACUUGGCUUAGAAAUUUAUUGAAAAGGAAAUUUGAUUACCAAAUUCCAGAUUUCCUUUUACGACAUUCCAUUAUUUCUGCAGCUGCCAAUUUAAAGAACAAAGAGUUAAUUACCUGGGUGAGACUUGCGACGUCUUCAAAUGCAUUGAAUCGAACUAGACCGAUUAGAUAUCUCUAUAUCCUUACACAAGUAGAGAGGGCAAUUCUACGAAAGAGAAAGUAUGUCUCACCUGAGAUUCCGACCGAGAUAAAGAAUGCUUUCCUGAUGUAUGCUGAGGACGAAGAAAGCUUGAUUGUUGCCGUAGAUAUGGCCAUAUCAUCUCAUAUUGAUGAUGGAAAGAAAAUCGGAUUUGGUCAAUGGAUUCUUAUAUGGCGUAUGCUUUGGAUGGAUGCCUCAGAAGUUAUGAGAGCUUUACAGUAUAAAUUAGAUCCAGAUACAUGGAAUACACUAAACCUCAUUCGUGAUGCCAAUGAAGAGACACUAGUUAAGCAUGGGACUUUGGAUAUAGAUUUCGAAGAGUGUUGGAAGAAAGUUAGCGGCUCCAUCGUGUUCAUAUUGUCGGUUUGUGACAUAGAUGUCAUAAAUAAAUAUAACCCGCGAGCUUGCAUUCAUUGUGGGAAGCGUGGUCACAAAUGGAGUAAUUGUGUACUUUGGACGAAUCUGAUUACCAAACCAAAAUCGCCAGCUCCAAGACAUGGACGUAGCUGGGGUAUAGCUUGUAAUGCUGAGGUGAAAAAGAAGGACAUUGUUCCUCAAAAUAUGCUCGUGGAGGAUCCUCCAAAAGUAAGCAACAAAGACGAAGUUCUUCAAAGGAGAAUUUUAGUUCCACAAACGCGGAAAAUUAAGGAUGCAAGUAUGUUGCCUCAGGUACCGAAAGCUGAUCAGUAA